UGCCCCAAGUGCCUCCCAGGUUACCGGGUGCAGGAGGACUGUGGGGAGUUUAAGGACACACUGUGUGCACCCUGCACUCGGGGCACCUACACUGCCCAUCUCAAUCACCUGGACGAGUGUCUGCCGUGCCAUGUCUGUGACCCAGGCAUGGGCCAGGUGACCAGGCAGAAGUGCUAUAGUUGGCGGAACACCGUGUGUGGCUGCGACCAAGGCCACUUCUGUGUGCAAGAGGAUGGGGACAGUUGUGCUGAGUGCAGGCCCCACAGUGCCUGCAGCUCGGGCCAGAGGGUGAAGGAGACAGGCACCGAGUGGCAGGACACGGUGUGUGAAGACUGCCCUCCCGGCACCUUCUCUACAGGUGGGACCCAGGCGGUGUGCCAGCCCUGGACCAAGUGCUGCGCCCCACUUCAGAGGGAAGCAAAGCCUGGGACCAACAGCACCGAUGUCACAUGCUCCUACCUAGUACCUGUUGUGGUCAUCCUGAGCGUCUCUCUUCUGGGUUUAUGUAUAUCUUACAUCAGAUUCAGAAGGACAUGUGAAUUUCCGGAAAGGAGAUUAUGUUUUGAGUGCCCAAAACAGCAGGCAGAAAGGGCCCCUGAAGCCGUCCAGACCCUGCAGGUCUCUAAGGUACAGCCGGAGGUCACCAGGAAGGAAAGACAGCAUCUGUGUUCCCUGAGAGCGACCCAGCAGCGGAUGAAUGUCUUCCAGAUCCAGAUAUCUGAGCCACUGCACCAGGCAGAGGACGAGCCUGGCCACCGCUCAGGGGACUUUGGGGACCGCACAUACUUGUCCAUCAAAUUCCUGAGGUGCCUGGGCCCUUCUUCCCUCACCCACUGCUGACCCAGCACUGUGAGGAUGCACCCACAGCCCACUCUUGGCUCCCCACCCACCUGCACCCCAGCCCUCUAAGCUUUAUGGGGAAAGGGUUAAGAAAUACAAAUUCCCAGCUAUAAAAUAACUAAGUCACCGGGAGGCGGUGUGCAGUACAGGGGAUAGGGACAGUGAUGCCAUAAUAACCGUGUGGUUACAGAUGAUCUCUAGAUGUACUGAGGCCACCACUCUGUAAGGUAUGCAAAUGUCUAAUCACUAUGUGGCACACUUGAAACUAAUAUAAUAUUGUCUGCCCACUAACAUUUUAAAAUACAUUAAAAAGAAAACACCCACAAUUCUUCUAAGCAAAUAAAAUGUGUCAUCACACUCCCUCCCAAUUCUGCACUAUUUUCACAUUUUGAAGUCAUAAGCGAGUAAACAUAUUGAAUUUGGCUUUCAUUCUGAACAUUUUAUCAUGAGCAUUUUCUCACAAUAUUAAAAUGCUCAGCGAUCCAGGCGGGUAUGGCUCCGUGGUUGAGCAUGGACACAAGUACCGAGAGUCGCGGGUUUGAUUCGUCAGGGCACAGGCCCGGUUUGCAGGCUCCAUCCCCAUAAGGGGGUGUGCAGGAGGCAGCUGAUUGGUGUG